AUGGACCUGCUCGACGACGACGACUUCGAGAGCACCAUGAUGCUGCUGGACAACCCCGGGUCCGUGACAUCUUCCCCGACAUCGGCUCUCCGAAGAGAAGGCCCGGACAACCUGGAGUUGAGCCUGACUGGCACGGAGUCUCCCCUGGCCACCAUCGCUCAACACUCUCUGAAUGCUGGGUCGGCUAAUUCCGUUGGAAUGAACUCGUGUCUUUCACCCGACCUAAAAAUCCGGGUCAGCGGCCGAAUACCCGUCCCUGGCGACGUGUGCAUCAAACAAGAGAGCGAGAUGCCCGACUUUUCGCCGGUCAUGGACGCUUUCCUACGCGAGUCGUGGGAUGACAUCAUUGACCCGGGUACAAGAUCUGCGCGGUCGUCGUUCAAGUCGAUGAGCAGUUGUCCGAGCCCGUUCACGAUUUCAACUAACCCUGCACAUGUCAACCCGUUGCCAUUAAACUUCCUACUCCCCAACCCGUCGCCACUAGGAGGCCAGGCGUUGGCUAAAGGUAUGAUGCCAUACCUUGCCCCAUCGUUGCCGCUACCCCCUGCAACGUACCGCGCAGUCUCAAAUGCGUCCACAUCUUCGACAGUGUCGUCGGCUUCGUCCACAAAGUCGAAAGGGACACGACGAGCGAAGUUGUGUUCUAACAACCGGUGCAAGACUCACGGUGGUGGCGCUCGAUGCCAAGUGGAGGGCUGCGAUAAGAGCUCGCAAGGUGGAGGCCUGUGCCGUGCACAUGGAGGUUGCAAGAAGUGUCGCGUGCCAGGCUGCUCAAAGGGAACACAACGCCUUGGUCUUUGCUAUCUGCACGGUGGUAUCCGACGUUGUAUCAUGGAAGGCUGCAAGAAGAAGGACCGUGGCAACGGCUACUGCAUCUCUCACGGUGGCGGCCGGCGGUGCGAGGCUGAGAAUUGCAACCGCUCCAUCAGCCGAGUGCGGGGGCUCACGUCGUCGUAA